CCGAGGGCCGAGGCGCUAGCUGAGGGGCGGUUUCCAGAUACGGUUGUGCUCCAGCUUCUCUCGUGAAUGGCACCCUCCGCGGGCCGGCGUGCGUGCCUCUGUUCAUCGGAUUCACAGGCAUAGGCACCAGUUUCUCUGGGGCAUAUCGAAUGGAUGCUCCAUGGAAACGGUUGUUUGUCAAUGCAAGGGUCUCUCAAAGUCGGAGGAAGGCAGGUCUGCACUCGCGUUUGAAAGGGGGGCCAGGUUUGCUCGGAAUUGGGUUCGAGCUAGUGCAGCAAGGUGACCUGGGCGACAAGAUCAAUGGGCUGGCCCCGGGGGUGAGGAUGCGCAAUGGGGGGUGGGCAAAUGUAUUGGGGAUUGUUGUGUGCCCAAGUGUUGGCGGGAGGUCUGGUUUUUUGGACUGUGUUUGAUUUGAAAAGUUUGAUUUUACUGGAUGCUUGAUUGAUUCGGAGGCUCCUGUUCGUGCACGCUCCAGGCGUGAACCAAUACAUGAUGCUCCGCAAAGAGCGCUACCAACAGAUAGUGACAUGAGCAACCGAGCGCAAAACCAACAGGUAGAUCUAGGCAACAGGGUACUCUAGAAUAGGUGUUUGUUAAAUGUUAAUUAAGCCCGGGCUACACUGUACUGGACAGCAUGGCCUCAUCUGCAGCUGCUGAAGAUAUUAGGGACGGCCAGGUCAAGGUACCGACAGAGAACCAGCGAGCACGGUGGACUGAGAGCCAGAUUAGGUGGGCCGUUCUUGCUCAAGAGGGCUGGACAGAUGAGGAUGAGAAAGAACUGCAGAGGUUGGCACAGUCGGUGGCCAAGUGGAGGAAGUACAUGGGAAGUCCCGAUGGUGUGGAGGUGAAAGGCUGGUGGAGCCCUGAGGAGGACAAUCUGCUGAGCCGACUGGUCAAGAAGUUUGGGGCCCGGAACUGGCACUUCAUAUCGCCGGUCAUGGCCGGCCGCAGCGCCAAGAGCUGCAGGCUGCGAUGGUGCAACCAGCUCAAUCCUGAUGUCGAGAAGCGGCCCUUCACAGCGGAGGAAGAUGACAUCAUCCUCCAGGCGCAUACGGUUCACGGAAACAAGUGGGCUACCAUUGCAAAGCUACUGCCAGGAAGAACGGACAACGCGGUUAAGAACCACUUCAACUCGAUUCUGCGGCGCACUAAGACGGAGGAGCGCCGCACCCAGCGCCUCUUGGACGGACGUUCCUCUGGCCCUGACGGCCGCUCCGUAAGCCCCCGCGGUUCGCGACGAUCGGCCGCAUCAGACCAUUCUGGCCACCCUUACAGCGCCACCACUCAGGAGCUGUCUGAAGGCCCCCCCCCGAGAGGGAACCACGCUCUGCUCGACCUUAACGAGCCCCCAGCCGCUGACAACUACGAGAGUGGGCCAGAGUCGUCCAACGUAGGGGGGGCAAGAGACUGUUCCGACAGGCGAGGAAGGGAGGGGUCCGUGCAGGAUACUGAGAACUGCGGUGAUAGCAUUGGGGUUACGAAAGGGUUCAGGACGGGGGUUAGCGAGGAGGGGAGGGCCGAAUCGUCGGACGUCGAACAGGUUGCCCUUGCUGCGUGUAGGCUGGAAGAGAGGAGCGUGGGUAAGCGGAACCGGCGGCGGGGGGACGGAGACAGCGGGGACAGAAGGGGGGGAAGUACGGGAAACCUGGGGCCGGAUCUGAGGGAGGAGUCUGCGGAGUGCGAGGGCGAGAGGGCGCUCAAGAUUGCCCGCGUCGGGUUUCCGGAAACGGCAGGGGAGUUAGCAUCGGACGGGUCCCCCCGCUUCAGCAGCGUCAGUCCGGGGGGGGAGGACACAGCCCCCCAGCAGACAAGAAGCGGGUCUCGCCAGGGUCUGUCUCUACUCAGGACUGGACAGGUGGCGCAAGCACAUGCGCAGGUACAAGGGGAGAGGGGCUCGGAUCCAGAGAGUCCGACCUUCUUGCAGCUAGGACGGGGACCUGCUUUUGGAACCUUAGCGGAGAAGGCAGUCUCUGGUCGGGAAGCAGCAGCCUCUGUGCCGGUGGCUCUGAGUUUCGGGGGCGGGAUAGCGAUCGGACCGGGGUGGCCGCAGAUGCCUUCUGGACCUUUCUCUCUUCCCGUUCCGCCAGAACGCAGCGCUAUGCUUGAUGCUCCUUUUCGUGGAGAUAAUGGCGGGGGCGCCGGGGACCCACAGCCUCUCCUCUGUAAACCGUACCCCUACCCCGCUGCGGCGGUUUCUCAACUUGGGGGCAUGGAUUGCGGGUAUGGCCCGCCGGUUCCAGUGUUGGGUCCGGUUAACCCGGAGGUCAACCCACCGGCGAAGUCAGAGCUCGGACAGUCCCACAGCUCCCUGCUAGAAACGGGCAGGGCGAACAGCUUGCUUAUGGGGUGGGCUUCGCAGCUACAGGAAACGGGACAGCACAAGCAGGUGAACGACAGCAUGGUAGCGGAGAUGAGCGAGCUUUUUGGACGGCUCGCGCAGGGAGGGGCUGCGUUUCAGCAGCUUUGGUGCCCCCCUGGGCAGCACCCGUUGUGGCUCAUGACGCCCGCAGCCCAGCAACAGUACCUGGCGUCGCUCUUGCAACCGGGCGCGGUCGCUUUUCCGCAACAGGGUUUAAACCCCGCGUUCCUUCCGCCAAAUCCGUUGGCCUAUCAGGUGCCGGCACUGUGGCCCCCGACAGAAGAUCCUUGACGUUACCACGGGACUCGGUUUAACAGCGACAGCUUUUGAUGAGAGGUGGCGCUUGCGGCGGAUUGUGGUAUAUAGUGGAGAGCUUGAAAGCAGUAGAAAGCGGGCGCUUCGAUCAAGGCGGCGUCCCUUACUUGAUGAAGGUGUAAACUAAAUAAGAGCGUUGCAGUAAGGGCAGCCCGCGCCCACAAGCGAGUGCGGGCUUUGUAGAAAUAUUUUCAAGGUUGCAUUGCACAGUUGAGCAUUCGAGGAGGAGUGGUUUUGCGCCGGUCAGGAAUGAUCGGGAGGGGCUGAGAUCAAAACAGCACUGGUUUGACUUGCUUAAAUUCACACCGUUUAAACUGUAAGGAACAGUCGUUGCGCUUACGUUUAGUUUACGUUUGAUUCCCCCCAUAUGAUUAGUCAUAGAUUACUGAGUAACAGUACUGCCCGUUGCGUCACUCAGAGUUUUAUGCUUGGAAGACACAGCCAGAGUGUAGUACCAUUGCAGACCCGAUCGUGAAGUGAACCACCUUUAAGAUGAGUGCCCAGCACACCUUUGCAGUGCAGUAAGAUCUUCAGAAAUUCAUGGAAAGCUC